CUUCCCUCGGGAGCACAACACAUCCAGUAUAAAAGCUCAGCUAUCCCAGGGCUCCUCACUCGACCAACACCGAGCACCGCGACGUUCCCACCAGCACUGAAGGGUCACCGCUCCAAGAUGUGCUCCAGACAAAGCUCCGGAGGCUGCCAUGGGAUGUCCUCCCAGUCCAGCGGGUGCCACAGCUCGGGCUCCAGUUGCCACGGGAGCGGCUCCUCCAGUUACCAGUCCCAGGGCUCCUCCUGCUGCGGGGGCGGAGGGGGCUCCGGCAAAAUCAUCAUCAGCUCUGGUGGUGGAGGAGGUGGAUCCUGCUGCAGCGGGGGCUCCUCCGGAUACGGGAUGGGAGGGGGAUACGGUGGUGGCUCCUCAGGAUCAAAGACCAUCAUUGGAGGGGGAAGCAGUGGAGGGUGCUCAGGUUAUGGCAUGGGAGGGGGAUACGGUGGUGGAUCUUCAGGAUCAAAGACCAUCAUUGGAGGUGGAAGCAGUGGAGGUUCCUCUGGGUACUGUGGUGGAGGGUCCAGCUAUGGCAUGGGUGGAGGAUACGGUGGUGGAUCCUCAGGAUCAAAGAGCAUCAUUGUAGGGGGAGGCAGUGGAGGUUCCUCUGGGUACUGUGGUGGAGGAUCCAGCUAUGGCAUGGGUGGAGGAUAUGGUGGUGUGUCUUCAGGAACCAAGAUCAUAAUGGGAGAUGGAGGCAGUGGAGGUUCCUCUGGAUGCUGCAGUGGAGGGUCCAGCUAUGGCAUGGGUGGAGGAUACGGUGGUGGCUCUUCAGGAUCAAAGAGCAUCAUUGUAGGGGGAGGCAGUGGAGGUUCCUCUGGGUACUGUGGUGGUGGAUCUUCAGGAUACGGGAUGGGAGGAGGGUACGGUGGUGGCUCUUCAGGAGGGAAGACCAUCAUUGGAGGUGGAGGCAGUGGUGGAUCCUCCGGAUGCUGCAGUGGAGGAUCCAGCUAUGGGAUGGGCGGAGGAUACGGCAGCGGCUCCUCAGGCCAGACCAUCAUCAUCAGCUCUGGAGGUGGCGGCGGAGGCUCCUCCCAGCAGAAAUGUCCCAUUGUCAUCCCCAGCGUGGUGUCCCACCAGAGCAAGCAGAGCUGCUACUGGCCCUACAGCCAGCAGAAGUGACAGCCCUGGGCAGCUCCGGUUCUGAGCCUCUGCCACGGCACCUCUGUGUCCCAGCCCUGGCUCCGCUGCCUGGUCCUUCCCAGCGUGUCUUCUCCUGUCCCCUGGAUGCUGCAUCCUGGUGUGAGAACUCCAGGAUUCCCCUGCUGCGCUCCUGGUGUUGGGGUGCCUUUGAUAAUGUUCUGCUGCUUUCCCAAAGGCACUUUUUAUAGCCAAUAAAUGUCGUAAUUGCUCAAAACUGCA